AUAGAGAACUUCAGGAGAGAAAUACAAGUCCUUAGCCCUCUAGACUGACCCUGGUGAAAUGAGCACAUCAGAUUCAAAAACAGAAAUAGAGGCUAGAGCGAUGAACUACACAUCUGCUGCCCAUCAGCUGCAAGGGGAAUGUUCUGUAGUGCUCGUGAAAUAGGACUAGUGCAAGGAAAGAUGUGCAAAUCUCCUCUUGAUCUUUUGGCUAACAUCAAGGGUAAGAUGAUGGCUGAGGACUCUCCUUUGACAACUGCCGCAGGAGUGCCCUGUUCUCCUGCAAGCCCUGGGACUGCUGUGGUCUGGGCCCCUGCAGUGGCUGUGCUCUUGUUCCUCAGAGCUUUGUCUCCCUGCAUCGCUGGAAGGCAAAGGAAAUGGAAACGCCUGCGCUCUCCAGCGUCCAGGAUAGCCUAGGCCGAGGCGAGAGCAGUAACGGUCUUAGCCUCCAAGAGUGGUCGGCGGCUCUCGGCUAGGCUUGCUGUAGACGCCGUCUGCUUCUUACCUGCGUUCCCAGCGCGCGUCCUGUGGCAGGCGCUCCGCUCAGGAUGAAUCUCAACUUCACCUCCCCUCUACAUCCGGCGUCUUCUCAGAGGCCCACAUCUUUCUUCAUCGAGGACAUCCUGCUGCACAAGCCCAAGCCGCUAAGGGAGGUGGCCCCCGACCAUUUUGCCAGCUCUCUGGCCUCUCGGGUGCCUCUACUAGACUAUGGCUACCCACUCAUGCCCACGCCCACCCUCCUGGCUCCUCACGCCCAUCACCCUCUGCAUAAGGGAGACCACCACCAUCCGUAUUUUCUCACCACCUCGGGAGUGCCGGUCCCCGCGCUGUUCCCGCACCCCCAGCACGCGGAACUGCCGGGGAAGCACUGCCGCCGCCGCAAAGCUCGCACUGUGUUUUCGGACUCGCAGCUCUCGGGCUUGGAGAAGAGGUUUGAGAUCCAGCGCUAUCUGUCCACGCCCGAGCGGGUGGAGCUUGCCACCGCCCUCAGCCUGUCCGAGACGCAGGUGAAGACGUGGUUUCAGAACCGGAGGAUGAAGCACAAAAAGCAGCUGAGAAAAAGUCAGGAUGAGCCCAAAGCGCCGGAAGGGCCUGAGAGCCCCGAGGGCAGCCCCCGCGGGUCCGAGGCCAGCGUGGCCGAGGCUCGGCUGAGCCUGCCUGCUGGCUCCUUCGUGCUGACCGAGCCCGAGGACGAGGUGGACAUCGGGGAAGAGGGCGAGCUCAGCUCGGGGCCGCCUGGGCUCUGAGGCUCCAGUUG